CCGGAAUCCUACCCGAAUGUCUCGCUGCGGGGUCUCCGUUCCGUUCCUGCUGAACGUCGUCCUGUUCUGCAGAGGGUUCAAUAUCGAUUCCCGAAACCCAACGGUCCGUCGGCAAGAUGCAGACUCGUAUUUCGGAUACCAAGUGCGAACGUUCGGAAAAAAUGAUAAAACGGAUAAGAUCAUCGUUACGGCCCCCCUUGCGGCUGGCUCACCCGGGAAGGGGAGCGGCGCCGUGUACAGCUGUGAUGUCCGGAACAGGGGGUGUGACCUCCUCCGCACCCCAGGUUCGCCGGGCGUCCAUGUCCGUGGGCUGGGUCUGUCAGUGUCCACCGCCCUCAGCGCCAGCGAACCACAGCUACUGGUAUGUUCACCCGCCCUGUCCUACACAUGCGGAGAGAAUACCUACGUGAAUGGAAUCUGCUACCAGUUCGACGGGACCCUGGAAAACCCCCAAAACCGGACCCCUGCAUUUGAAGGCUGCCCUGCCGUGAAGUUAGACGUGGCCUUUCUGAUCGACGGCUCUGCAAGCAUCGAGGACUCUGACUUCGAGAUCAUGAAAGGUUUUAUCCUGAAGGUCAUGAAAAAAUUGAAAGGGAAGGAGGCACAGUAUGCCCUCGUACAAUUCUCGGAGAACGUGCGGACUGAGUUCAGCUUCACGGAGUUUCGCCAGAGCACAGAUCAGGAAAGACUUGUCCGACCCAUCGAGCGGAUGAAUUCCCUCACCUAUACACCGAGCGGGAUCAAAUACGUGGCGGAAAAGAUCUUUCAAGAAGCGGCCGGCGCCAGGCCCGAGGCAAAAAGAAUGAUGAUUGUAAUCACAGACGGUGAAUCCAAUGACCUGGACGUUAAUUUCGCCGCGGCCAUACAAGCGGCAGAGUCCAAGAAAAUUGUUCGAUACGCAAUUGGGGUUGGUAACGUUUUCGACAGUCCUACCGCAAAGAAGGAGCUGAAGACCAUAGCGUCACUUCCAUCCGCAGAUUUUGUCUUCAAAGUGAAUAGCUACGCGGCUCUUGAGGAGAUCGAGGAAUCUCUGAAAGAGAAGAUUUUUGCGAUUGAAGGGAGUGGGAGUUCUUCGAAGAGAAAUUCCUUCAGACAUGAACUGGCGCAGACUGGAUUUAGCUCAUACUUUACAACGGACGCCAUUUUCCUGGGCGCGGUGGGGUCCAACGAUUGGUCCGGGGCGAUCCUGGAGAUCCGCAACGGGAUGGAGAACUUCCUCAAUUCAACGAAGAUGACGAAUGCGUACCUUGGCUACUCCGUCACGGGGAUGCGUCGAAGGGGUGAGAACCUGAUAGUGGUGGGAGCCCCACGUUACAAACACAGGGGAGGCGUCCUCAUCUUGGGGAAGAGAAAUAACAGAACGGCAUGGGACGAACGCCAACUCAUCCCGGGAGAGCAGAUCGGAUCGUAUUUCGGGGCGGUGGUCUGCUCCGUCGACCUGGACGGAGACGGAGAGACGGAUCUGUUACUAAUUGGCGCCCCACUAUAUCACAGCUCCGGUGUCGGGGGAGUGGUGAGAGUGUGUAACCUCACCCAGCAGGAUGUCGUCUACUGCAACGACUCUCUGCAAGGUGAACGGGGGGAUGGACUGGCGCGUUUCGGGGCCUCCAUCGCGGUCCUGCGGGACCUGAACGGGGACGGUUUGGCAGACGUUGCCGUGGGGGCCCCGCUGGAGAACGACCAUGGCGGCAGCGUCUACAUCUACCAGGGCGUCUCCGGUGGGCUGGAGGAGGGCUACAGUCAGCGGAUCGAGGGCAGGAAGGUGGCCCCAGGACUGCAGUAUUUUGGCGGUUCUAUCAUCGGAGAUACGGACCUGGACGGAGAUGGGAUGACGGAUCUGGUGGUGGGGGCUCGUGGAGGGAUUGUCGUCCUAAGGAGUCUUCCGGUUAUGGAACUGCGUCCGGAAUUACGUUUCCUGCCGGCGCAGAUCCCGUGGCCAGAACCAGACUGUGGGAUGGGGAGGCAUGAGAGAACGCCUAGCCUCACCGGCUACCUCUGCUUCCUGCUGAGCUCCAGCUCCCGCCCACCCCCAGGUCCACUGAACGUCACCUUGGAGUUCACGGCAGAGCUCGAUCCCGAGAGGCAGCAGAACCGGCUGUGGUUCUCGAGCUCCGUGAAGAAAGUCGUGCAGCAGCUGACUCUCACCCAAAGGAACAAGUGCAUCCCGCUAAACAUCUCCAUGCAGGACUGCAUCGAAGAUUUCCUCAACCCUGUGAAGUUCCUGCUGGCAUACUGCAUACAGGAAGAUGAUGGGGCUGGGCCGCCCGGCAUCCAGCCGGCCUUCAGGCACAAGUGCGUCCGGGGACUUUCUUGGAUGAUCCCAUUCAACAACACCUGCAGAGGCGCGGACGGGUGCGUCACUGAUUUACGGCUGGCUGCUGUCUUACCAAGUUCGGGAGUUUUACUGAUAAAACCGGGAUAUCUGCUCGAGGUGACGAUCCUGUUGCAGAAUAAAGCUGAACUCGCCCGCCUCCCUGUUCUGCAUUUCGAACAUCCAGCGGGAAUUUCGUUCCGCAAAGUUAAAGUCGAGAAGUUAAACAGAACAGUUCCACACUCCUGCAGUGUCAAAGGCACCGUCCACAACAGAUGUAACAUCAGCCAUCCUGUCCUCAGAGAGCAAACAGAGGUUUCACUGUUUUUGACGUUUGAUGUAGCAGACACUGGGAAUUUGAGUGAUUCUUUUCUGAUGAAUUUGAAUCUCUCCAGCGACAAUGAAGCACCGGAGACGCUGGAGGACAACCGACUGAGCCUGAACAUCAGUGUCCAUCACCUGGUGAAGCUCGCCAUCCGCAGCGUGCAUUCCCCCGGAUAUCUCAACUUCACUCUGGGACGGAUCUCUACGUAUGAACUUAUUCACAAAUACCAGCUGAUGAACUCGGCCCGACGGUCUUUGCCCGUCUCCGUCUCCUUUUGCGUUGGAUACAGGUCGGACAUCUUCACCUGGGCCGUUAAGAAUAUCACGUUGGAGCAGGAAAAUUUGGCGAAUCUCGUCAACUGCCUACCUCCGGUUGCGGUCAAAGGUGGAGAGUCGGGGGCCAACUCCUCGGUUACCGAGGGCAAGCAGGGCAGUGACCAAGUGGAGUAUCAGGUGAUUAACUGUACUGUCGAUCAGCUCAGCGAGCAGGCGGAGCCGAUCCUCGUUCUCAGAGGGGAACUCCGCAUCGAUGGUCGGAACAAGGACAGCAAUAGGAAGUAUGAGCUGCGAACUUCGGGAAUCCUGGACUUCGACAGACAGAAGUACUACCAAGGCGAGAAGGGAGAGACCCUGCUCCGAGCGCACAUUGUGACCUACUUUGAAUCUUCCGACGAAGUGAAAUUUUUGCCGUACGCCAUCGGAGGGGCGGUUGGAGGAUUCGUAAUGCUCCUCUUGCUUGGGAUCAUUUUCUACAAGGUUGGAUUUUUUAAACGCGAGUACAGGGACAUCGUGAAAGAGAGAAGUCAGAAUGUUGAGUGUGAAGAGCCCUUGAACCAACCGGCCCCUUCGCCGACCGACACAUGAAUUGCCAUUUACUUUCCAACUCUCUCAAUUCCUUCCCGCUGAAGCCUUUCGGAUUCGGACCCCUGCGUCGCUGAGACUACCAUGAUCAGUUUCCGCAGGUCAGCUUGGCAAUGGAGCAACUAUCUCAAUCGGAGAGAACUGGAUGGGCAGGAGGAGUCCUGGUUCCUUCCCAAAAUGCUUACUCUACCACUUGGCCGGUACGCGCGAACUCUGCAGUUUCUGAUGUUGGUUUCCGAGAUGGGACCUGGUUCAAUUCGGUCGCAGUUCUGUCAGGCGUCUCUGUACGUCUUCCCCGUGAAAUGGCGGGGGGUUCCUCCGGGUGCUCCUACAAUCCAAAGACGUGACACAUGGGCUAAUUGGCCUCUGUAAAUUGUGUCUCCCACCCCCGUGAUUAAGUUGCUGUUAAUCGGGCUUGUCGGGGUUUGCUGGGAAGAGAUGGAAAGGCCUACUUUGCCCUGUAUUACUGAAUGAAUAAUUGAAUAAAUGGAUUA